AUGGCGUCUAAAAUCAACGCGGGGUCCUCGAAUAAAAAAAUAAUAGGGUCUCGUCCCUCCUCUUCUGGAGAUGCGGAUACAGGGACAACGAUGACAACACAAGAAUUGAGAGACCAGGAGCUAGCCUUGGCGUUUCAAGAAGCAGAGAUGCGGAACUACUCGACAAAGUUGAGUCUUAUCAAGCUACAGAAACGUUUCCCGAAUAUGCCGAAAGAGCAACUAGAAGAGAGGCUCCGGAAGGUGAGUAGGGCAUAUAUAGGCCAAGAUUGA